CUUCCUAAGGGAGGGCAGUCUCUCCCUCUCAUUCUCCCCCCUUUUUAAAAAAAAAAGAGAGAAAAAGAGUUGGAGGUUUUGGCGGCACCUUCUCUGACUCGGCUGCCGAGUGCUGUUUAUUGUUCUUCCCUUAGCGUGAAAACAGCCCAUCCUUCUCCCCCCUGACCCCAACUGAAACCUGGCAGUGUUUGGAGACAGUCGGAAUCUUUGGGCCGUGCCACCAGUAUGUGCUAAAAGGAGUGUUUCUUACUCAGUGAGGCAAACCUCUGAGCUGCUGUUCUUUUGAGGAGUGAGAAGAUGGCAGAGUUUAGAAGAAUGAGGUUGCUGAAAAGUGCCUUCCUUGAAGCCGCCACCACCGCUGCUUGGAUUUCUGUCUAGGGCUUUGCCUCGCUUGCUUUUUAAAAUAUAUAUCUGUAUACAUAUAUAUUCACUCCCCCAACUUUUUUAAAAAAAAUUUGGCAUUUGCUUACAGUUGACAUCCUAACAGCAACUCAUCCGUCUGGAGUUGGUUGGUUUAUUUUUUUCCCUUCCCCUUAUUCGCUCAAUAUUCUCAGCCAUCGCCUCCUCCCUCCUGAUUAUGUAGCAAACAAAUUUUACAAGAAAAAGGAAAUCCUUCCUCUUGUUUGAACACUGGCAACUCCAUCAGUUUGUAGAAGCAAGAAGGACUCAGAACUUUCAGAGUUCUUCCCCCUCCAACCACAGGAUCAUCCCACAACUGCAGCAUUGCCAACAGCUUUUUUGUUUGUUUGUUUGUUUUGGGUGAAAAUAACUGAAACCAGUAACUGGAGAGCACAGAAUCCCUUGGAAAGUCUGCCAGUUAUUUUGAAUUAAUAAUUUCGGCAGUGGCACAAAAUAUUAUAUACAUAUAUAUAUAUAUAUAUAUAAAUAUAUAUAUACACACACACAUAUAUAUAUAUAACAUUUCUAUUUUAACUUCAACAAUUGCACUUUUAGGAGCUGGCCUCUAAUUUAAUUUUUCAGUUAAUUCUGAUGAGAUUUCUAUUUUAUGAUUGGCUUUAUGUUAAUCCUUGUUUUCAACAAACACAGUUUAAGUUUAAUGGAAACCUAAGUGCUGAGAAGAGAAAUUUUACCAAAGCAACAAGUUAGUUAUUUCUUCACUUUUUAAAAAGCUUUUUUUAAAACCCUUUUUCCCCUUUAAAAUCAUCAGCACUGCUCUCCUAAAGAAGGGCGCAGUUGCUUGCAUUUUCAUUUUUCUCUUUUUUUGGAGUGUGUGCUUUUUAAAAAUAUGGCUAUGAACGUUUCUUUGGUUCGUGAUACAAAAUGGCUGACCUUAGAAGUAUGUCGAGAAUUUCAGAGAGGUACUUGUUCUCGGUCUGACACAGAGUGCAAGUUUGCUCACCCGUCACGGAGUUGCCAUGUGGAAAAUGGACGAGUUAUCGCCUGCUUUGACUCCCUCAAGGGCCGCUGCACCCGAGAGAACUGCAAAUACCUUCAUCCUCCACCGCACUUAAAAACGCAACUCGAAAUCAAUGGACGCAACAACCUGAUUCAGCAGAAGACAGCCGCAGCCAUGUUUGCACAGCAAAUGCAAUUCAUGCUACCAGGAGCACAGUUACAGCCAAUUACGACGUUUCCUGUGACUCCUUCGCUUGCAACUAGCCCCACCAUGGCUUUCAGCCCCUACUUAAGUCAUGUUUCUCCUGGAAUGGGCUUAGUUCCUGCAGAGCUGUUACCAAAUACGCCAGUCCUGGUAUCUGGGAACCCAACUGUUUCAGUACCGGGAGGCUCUGCUGGGCAGAAGUUGAUGAGGACAGAUAAACUGGAGGUUUGCCGAGAGUUUCAGCGUGGAAAUUGCACACGUGGUGAGAACGACUGCCGUUACGCUCACCCGAUAGAUAUUGCCAUGAUAGACACAAAUGAGAACACUGUUACAGUUUGCAUGGAUUACAUCAAAGGGCGAUGUUCUAGGGAGAAAUGCAAGUACUUUCAUCCCCCUGCACACCUGCAAGCCAAAAUCAAGGCAGCUCAACACCAGGUGAAUCAAACUGCUGCAGCCACAAUGACUCAGCCAGCUGUCCGAUCACUGAAGCGACCCCUCGAGGCAACCUUUGACCUGGCCCUGCCACCUGGUGCUCUUCAACCGUUACCAAAGAGGCCAGCACUUGAAAAAAACAACGGUGCCACCACAGUCUUUAACCCAAGUGUUUUCCACUACCAACAGGCCCUUGCAAACAUGCAGUUGCAACAGCCGACGUUCAUCCCUACAGGGUCUGUGCUGUGCAUGACUCCCACAGCAAGUGUUGUUCCCAUGAUGCACGGUGCUACGCCCACCACUGUGUCUGCAGCAACAACACCUGCCACCAGCGUUCCUUUCGCUGCAACUGCUACAGCCAAUCAGAUAUCCCAGUUAUCAGUAGAUGAACUAAACAACAGCAUGUUUGUCUCACAAAUGUAAAAGGAUGAAGUAGGAUGCAAAUCAUUUUGAAAUUCUAAACCAUGAAAUCAUGGAGUAUCUGGACAUCUCUCUCUUUCUCUCUGUUGGUGGGAAGCUGCACUUGGGCUUUCUGUAUGUAUAUGCCCUUCUUUCUUCCUCUACGACACCCACACAGUUAAGCCUACUGCAGCCGACAUGUUAACCAAAAACUGAUCCAUGGGAAUGUCAAAAAUUUAUGAAAAAGAAAUUUUUUUAAAGCACUAUAAAAACAAUUAACAAACAGCGCUCUGUUAUACAAGAUAUAGAAGUAGAGAACUUACGAUAAUAAACUUUUAUAACGCCCUUCUUUAACACACUUUAAAGGCAUUUUUCUGACUACCAUCAAGACAACGUUCUCCUGCACAGUGGACUGUUGGUUUACUGUUCUAUUGUCGAUGGAUAAAUGUUUGUCUGUUUUUCAAAGUGUUAUCUUACUGUUUUGUUUACAUCCUAGCCUAUUGUUUGGAGAAAAACAGUGACAUGUACAUUGUUAUCAAGUAUACUCAACACCAUUUUUUUUCAUUAUCACAAUGUCUUACAUUUUCAUAUACAGUGGUGGUUAUCAGUUCUCUUUUUCUUUUUUUUUUAAUGACAAGCUAAGAAUGUUAUAGUGGGGAACAGGAAUUAUGUGCUAUUUCUAAGAAAAGAAAAGGCAAGACACAAGAAAGUUCAGACGUUUGCUAUAUUUUGUAAACUGUAUUUGUUGAAACCUCAGUCUGAAAACUGGACUCAAAAUGGGUCUAUGAACAUUUGCUGCAAGCUGUAGGAAGAGGUACCUGCUGAUCCAGGAAAGAUUGGAACAGUGCAGCAAUCAAAGAGGGAUAGCAACUUGGCUGCUUUCUGUAAACCCUCAAGGCUGAGCAGAUUUUCACUUGGAUGGCAGGAAGGAGAGAAUGUCUGCAUUCAAGUGCCAUUUUUGGCUGCAAAUGGCGCACAAUGUUUUUAAAAUAUUUAAUAACUCCCUCCCUUUUUUUUUAUAACCUCACAGUUGGUACAAAAGAUGCAGGAUGUGUUUGUGGAAAAACUGUUGCUUUCUUGCCAUGGGGAGUGAAACCCCUUCAAGCUACUAGAUGCAGAACUGGGGCAGGGGUGGGUAAGAAAGCAUCUGUUUUCCACUAAAAUGUAAAUAACGGGUCCCACAUCCUCUGCUUAACCAAGGAAAGUAGCACCAAAUGAACACCUCUGCUGUCCAUUGUCCUGGCAAAAUGCCUGUCUCGUUGUUGGAGAAAAGUCAUUUCUCCACUUUCCUGAAACUGCAUUACAAUAGUAAAGAACAGAACAGUUGAGUUUAAACUCAUCCAGAUGUCUCUUCCAAAGAUUUGCUGUUUCCAGUGUGUGCUCAGAACCAUUUCUCAACAUGCUUGUAAUUCUGCUUAGUGGAGGAAGUUUGGAUUGUGAUCCUUCUUAGUGCCGCUUAGUGCUGAAAGUGAUUGGCACAGAGAACAAGUUUCAGUCCUGUGUUCUUUUUUCAUUUUGCUGUAGUGCAUUUUGGUAUCGUCUAACUGAUGAAGAGCAACAUGAGUAAGAAAAAAAAUUAGAGGAGUUUCAUGAUAAAAGCAACUGAAUGCCUUUUUAAAAGUAGACAGUAACAAACAUGCAGUUGAAACACCGCUUCUUUUAUAACUGAACCUCCAGGGUAAAUGGAAGCAGGGUGCAUUGCUUGGUGGCAGAGCAGUGGUUCCUAGAUUUGCUCAUGCCUUGAUAGUCGGGAUAUUGUUGUUCUGGGCUGGAAGUCAAUCCAUCAGAGGUUCUCCUGUGUGAUGAUCACAGUGAAGAACAACAGGCCAGUCUGCAGGAAGCAAGUGAAUUGGCACAGUGGUCCAGAGCACACCAAAAUUUCAGGAAUUGCUGCCUUAAUUAAUUGCUGCUAUAUCCAUUAAUGCCACACAUUACAGAGAUGAAUCAUAAUGCAGACAGAAUGCUUUGAAUGAAUAGUUUCUCCUAAGAAGCAGUUUGCAGUUACAGAAUGAACAAAAAUAUGUUAAGAUGGAAAUAAAUCUUCAUUGGUCAAGAGAAGAUGUUGGUGAGCUGACAGUCAGUCCUAUAGUAUCUGUUCUCUUUAUUCUUGAAAACAGCACCCCUAACUCCAUGGUGGGUGUGGUUUAUGUAAAUUCCCAUGGCUGUUCCUAAGAAUCCUAUCUCUGUUUCAGCUACAGUUGCACUGAUAUAAAUGCAAAAUCUUUGGAAGACCAUUUGGCUAAUAAAUUGAAUUUUUUAAAAUACCAGUGGUUGUAGCAGGCAGAUAACUAACCUGCCCAGCAACAGGACCCAAAUCUAAGCUACAUAUAGAGGCAUCUGAGAAUCCCAAGUGCACAUCCUAUUGGUGUCAUGUUGAAUAAGUAAUUGAGAGGCUCCCAAUGAAGGCUUUCCACCAAAACAUAGUUCAGUUUGCAAAUGUCAGCCUUCUGACGGGUUUUAUUCAGUUGUCCCACCAUGUACCUCACAGAAGAAACUGAACCAAUUUAAGGAGCUGAGGUGAUCCCCCCAUUCUCCCUGCUGUGUUUGAUCUCAGAGAUUAUUACACUAUAGAUUUUUCAAAGGUCAACCAUAAAACAUUAUUAUAAUUUUAUUAAACUUCUCAGAAGAAUAGAAUAAGGGCAGGGAGGAAAAAUUGGUGAAAAGACAGAAGCAGUCUUACACAAAUAUUAAGAUGUUCUUAAUAGUACAGCUUAGAUGGCAUUUGGUUGAUAAGAUUUCAAUUUGUUACAGAUUUCUAAAUUCUUGAAAUAGGUAGACUUUCUGGUUGUUAUACAGCUUUGACAGAGACUUGCACUUAGAGGUUCAUGGGUAAACUCUGAUUGCCCAAAAGGCAGGGAGGAAUUAG